ACAGUAUCGUAGCAGUAGCAGCAUAGAAAUAAUCGAAGAAACCUCUUUACAUCUUCCAUUGAUCGAGUUUCUUAGAGAAGAAAGUAGAGGAAAAUGGCUAUGUCUAUGGAUCGGAUCGCCGUCUCUCCUUCACCUUACGUGUAUCGUCCUAGUCAAGCUCGAGGAUCCAGAUCUUCCAUAGUCUCCAUGGCUUCUACGAUCCGCUCCGCUUCUACAGAGGUUACGAAUGGAAGGAAACUCUACAUCCCUCCACGUGAGGUGCACGUGCAAGUGAAACACUCCAUGCCACCACAGAAGCUGGAGAUUUUCAAGUCCCUAGAAGGAUGGGCCGACCAGACCCUCUUGACUUACUUAAAACCCGUUGAGAAGUCGUGGCAGCCUACCGAUUUUCUCCCCGAACCCGAGACUGAAGGGUUCUACGAACAAGUCAAGGAGCUGAGAGAACGGUGUAAGGAGCUUCCGGAUGAAUAUUUUGUUGUGCUUGUUGGUGAUAUGAUCACUGAAGAAGCGCUCCCGACUUACCAGACCAUGCUGAACACCUUGGAUGGUGUUAGGGAUGAGACGGGAGCUAGUCCUACUCCUUGGGCGGUUUGGACUAGGGCUUGGACUGCUGAAGAGAAUAGGCAUGGGGAUUUGCUUAAUAAGUAUCUUUAUUUGUCUGGGAGAGUUGACAUGAGGCAGAUUGAAAAGACUAUUCAGUACCUCAUUGGCUCUGGAAUGGAUCCAAAAACUGAGAACAACCCUUACUUGGGUUUCAUCUACACUUCCUUCCAAGAAAGAGCCACUUUCAUCUCCCACGGAAACACUGCCAGACACGCGAAAGAUCUUGGAGAUUUGAAACUUGCGCAGAUAUGCGGGACCAUUGCUGCUGAUGAGAAGCGCCACGAGACUGCUUACACCAAGAUUGUGGAGAAGCUCUUUGAGAUUGACGCUGAUGGCACGAUCUUGGGAUUGGCUGAUAUGAUGAAGAAAAAGAUCUCGAUGCCUGCACAUUUGAUGUACGAUGGCCGAGAUGAUAACCUGUUUGAGCACUUUUCGACUGUUGCCCAGAGGCUUGGUGUUUACACGGCCAAGGACUAUGCUGAUAUUCUGGAGUUUCUUGUCGAACGGUGGAACGUUGAGACUUUGUCAGGCCUUUCUAGUGAAGGAAACAGGGCACAGGACUUUGUCUGCGGAUUACCUGCAAGAAUCCGCAAAAUUGAAGAGAGAGCUCAAGGAAGAGCCAAAGAAGCAGCCAAAAACGUACCAUUCAGUUGGAUUUUUGGUCGAGAGAUUAGGGCUUAAAGUAAACAGGUGUCUUUUCAAAUUAUCCCCAAAGUAAGCCAUAAAUUUCUUCACCUAUGAAGAAGCCACUUUUAAGACCACGAAACUUUAUUUGAAUAUGUUAUGUUUUACACGGAACGUUGUAGAUAAAGUCAUGCUGUUUUGAGUAUCUCGUUACCAAGGACAAGACUUAAGAGUUUGCCUCUUUAUAUUUGGUUUUGUUUUCGUUGUAUCAAUAACGAAUAAUGUUCUCUAAUAAGUAAAGUAAUGGUCUGUGAAGUCAA